AUUUAAUUGUUGCUUUUUCCUUUUUGUUGCUUUGUUAAUUUCUUUUGACACCUUUAUUUUUGUUUCUUUCCAUUCUUUCAAUUUAAUUAUCUGAUUACCUUUUGGUGUAAAUUAAUUUAUUCCCUAAAUUGUUACCUUAACGUGUUACUAAUCAUUCAAAUAAUAUGUUAACUAUUCAUGAAUCUAGUGAAUCAAAUUCACGGUCCAAUGAGACCAUUACUAAGAUGAGGUCUGAUACAAUUGAUCUAAGUGAUGAUCGUACUUUACUUGUUGACAUUAGUGAUGCCUUGUCCGAAAAGGAAAAAGUCAAGUUUACCGUUCAUACAAAGACAAAUUUACCUGGUUUUGAUAAACCAGAGUUUUCUGUUGUUCGCCUUCAUGAAGAAUUUAUUUGGUUACAUGACACAUUAGUCCAAGAUGAAGAGUAUAGCGGAUUCAUUAUACCACCGCCACCACCUCGUCCAGAUUUUGAUGCUUCAAGGGAGAAAUUACAAAAGCUUGGUGAAGGUGAAGGAACCAUGACAAAGGAAGAAUUUAAUAAAACCAAGCAAGAAUUGGAAGCUGAAUAUUUAGCCACAUUUAAGAAAACAGUUGCCAUGCACGAAGUAUUCUUACAACGACUGGCUGCUCAUCCAAAAUUCAAGAAUGACACCAACUUCCGAAUUUUCCUUGGCUAUAAUGAUGAUUUAAGUGUUCGAGGUAAAAAUAAAAAGGAAAGACUAGUAGAUUUACUGUCCAGGUAUAGCAAAUCCGCUGAUGACUUGGUUUUGAGUAAUACUCAGAAAGACAUUGACGAGUUUUUUGAACAUCAAAAAGUAUUCCUGAUAGAGUAUCAUAAGCACAUAAAAGAUUGUACCAGUAAAUCAGACAGAAUGACAAGAUCUCACAAGAAUGUGGCAGGUAGUUACAGUCGAAUCGCUACCGAUUUAAUUGGCCUUUCAACCGUUGACUCGAAUAAAUUGGAGAAAUAUUAUGCUAAAAAUGCCGAUUGUUUUGAGAAAGCGCGAAAAUCAGAGGAGCGAAUUGCCUCAGACGAGGAUCUAAAAUUAUCCGACACUUUAAGAUAUUGGAUGAGAGAAACGGCCGCAGCAAAGGAUCUUUUAUACCGGAGACUUCGAUGUCUUGCUAACUAUGAAUCGGCAAAUAAGAAUCUCGACCGUGCUCGUCUAAGGAACAAGGAAGUUGCUCUUGCUGAAGAUGCUCAACAAAAAGCGGGCGAAAAAUUUGAAUCAAUAUCCAAAUUAGCUAAACAAGAAUUACAAGAUUUUAACUCACGACGAAUCAUAUUCUUUAGGAAAAAUUUCGUUGAUCUAGUUGAAUUGGAACUUAAACAUGCAAAGGCACAAGGACAGCUUUACAAGAACUUUAUUACAUCACUAAAAGAGGAACUUUCAUCAAAUGAUUAACGUUACCAAGGAAAUUUAUAUUACUCUAAAACAGCAUCUAUGUUAUAUUUUGAAGGAAAAAAAAGAGAAAAGAAAGAGAUAAAAAACAAUCUACUAGGAUUCAUAUCAAAAACGAAAAAAAAAAAUAUCUAUCUAUCUGUUAUCUGCUCAAAAUGAUCUAAUUUAAAUGAUGAAAAAUGCAACCCUAUUUAUUAAGGAGAUGGAGAUGAUGAUGAAAAUGAUAUAACCGCAACACUCAAAACAUGGGAAGGAGAAAGAGGAACAAAUUUACUACAACCAACAACAAGAUGAUGAGAGAGAGACAAAAUAUUAAAUCAAAUGAAGCCUAAAUUCACACACACAAAAAUCUCAAUGAUGAAAUCCUGAUGAUGACUAUUUGAUUACUUAAAUUACUAUCAAUUGAUAUUCUUGUUUAUAUCAAGAAGAAAAAAAAAGAAAUACCUAAAGGAACACAAAGUGAAUCUAAACUCUGUACAUUUCCGGUGAAAAAAUGAUCAUUCCUAUUCAAUAAUUGUUACCAUCUCUCAACAAUCCCACCACACUCACAAUGUGACCUCAAAAUACAUACACACACAUAUAUAUAUACUCGCCAAGCGGAUGAAUUUUGUCCUUUUGAUGAUCGAUCGGCUUCUGAUCAAUUUAUAAGGAAAACGCGACCAAUGUUUUUCACUCAAAUGGACACUUUUUUUUUACCCCAAAGGCGGAAACAAUUAACUCGUCGUAAUUUGAUCAUAGUGUAAAUCAAAGAGUCUAACCUCAUUUAUAUAUAUAUUUUUUUCACAGUUAAAACAACAAAACCAAAAAAAUUUGAAUCGCUAAAAGGAAAUUGAUUUAAAUUCAAUUGUUCAAAUCUACACCAAGUUACAAGGAACUAAAUUAUUAUAUAACUAUUAUAAUUAUUAUCUUAUUACCAUUGA